AUGUACGGAGGUCCACCACCAAGUGAAGAACAAAAGAAAUUGCAACAGCAAUACGCUUAUGACACUUUGAAAUUUGCUGGUAUUGUAGCUGGUGUCUUGUGGGUUAGUCCAAUUGUUUUCCACUACAUUCAAAGGCAACUUAAGUAA